AUUAUGAGUUUCACCUUAUAAAUCAGCAAUCUUCAAAAACAGCAAAAUCUAGACUUUCUUCUCAGUAUGGAUUACGGCUUUUACCUGGACCAUUGGAUCCAAUUUUGUGGAAUCAUCAUUUGAAUACACCGCAAGAUGCCUAUCAUGCGAUUGCCGGAAAAGUGGCUCGUCUACUUGAUUGUACUUGCACAAUCUUAGCAUUACAUGGUGAAAAUAAUUUAAUUAACCAUUGGAGAAAUUUUGAAGUUCCUAUACAAUGGUCACAUUUACCAAAUCCAAUUACUCAUCAGCAUUCAUUUAUGAUAUCGGAUAACUUAAAAAUUCUUAUGAUUUUUCCAUUUAUUUUAAAGCGUUGUUUAACUAUCAACAGUGUUAAAAAGGAUUUUUUAAAAUCUACAUGUGAUAGGCUACAUUUCUCUCAUCGAUCGGAAGUACUAAGUUAUAUUAUUCAUACUUGGGUGCUCUCCGCGAAAGCAGCUAAAGAGGCGUUUUCUUUAACCAUUCACGGCCUAAUGAAUAUUCUUACUUACAAACUAUUUUGGAUAAUGAUAGACUACGCACGUCAAUACACAACUUGUAUAAAUACAGCAGUCGGUACUAAGGAAAUAGUGCAUCGAAUAUUUAAAGCUAUAGUACCACAUACCAACAAACGUAAUCUUGAGCUUAAUUUAUUACAACAAAUCAAUACAUUACAAACUUUAAGGCAUCUAGUAGACAACGGAAUAGAUGAUCGAAUACCUCAUUAUUCAACACGAUCUAUUUUUAUGCCAUUGAUUAUUGCACCACGACUUUGCCAUCUAUUAUCUGGUUGGUGUACUAAUGACUUUAGCUUAUUGAUACACCAUUCCAAUGAUAUAUUUAAUGAAUUGCAAAUUGAAGACAAUUCAAACACUAUUACCAAUAAUGUACUUCUUAAUCGCUCAGAAAUAAAAUUGGGAUUAAGAUGGAAUAAAAGUCGAAUUGAAGCUGCGGGAUUUAUAUCAACAAAUAUUGUAUUAAACGGCUUAUUUAAGGAUAUUAUGAGAGCUUACUCAUUAUAUUAUUCAUUCGAGCAAGCUCUGUUAGAUACGCAAGUUCUCUUUUACGACAACGUGUCAUAUACAAUGUCUAAACCUAACGGUGAUCAUCAUAAUGUAAAAUUGAAAGUCGGUGAAAUAGUUGAAACUAAACUAUGUGGUGAAAACGAACAGACAUUUGGCAAAAUAACUAGUAUAAUCGAACAUUCAUGGAAUGACAGUCAAAUAUAUGUUUUCCUUUGUUUUGAUUGGUUAGAAGAUCUCAACAGAUGGGAUUCAUUAUUAGAUUGUCCAAUCUAUCGUAUUCGACAUUCACAUAAUGGUUCUUUGAAUCGGGUUCAUCCAAUUUCGGUAGUUUCACAAUCAUCAAGUAUUCCUUUUAUCCACCAUUGCAAAUCAAGUUGUUCCUUUAGUCAACACGAUACUACAAAUAAUGA